UUCUAACUAGUACUCCUCAUUGUCAUGAAACCAACUCAACCAAAAGCUAAAACUGAUGGUUGAGAUCCAUAAUAUGUUAUAUACUCUAACAAGCCACCUCACACGAGAACUCUUUUGGGCUAGAAGUGUGGAUGCAGCACAAAUCCUUCUCGUACCUUAGGGCGAAAUAUUCCACUUGAAUCUUAGGGUUAGUUGGAAUUUGAACCUGUGGCCUUUUUAUCAUGUUGACUUUUGGUACUAUAUCAAGGCACCAACUCAAUAAAAAACAUAAGAUGUUAUAUACUCUAAUAAGACUCAUAUUCUAGAAUCUAUCACAUGUUCUGCUUGGUAUCAAGGUUCAAGUCUUCUUUUUUUUUUUUUUGCUUGGGAAUUGAUCUCUUGAAGUCUUUCUGCCGCCAGCAAUGGUAAAACUUUGAACUUACUCUUUGCUCUUACUAAGAAGAUGAUGUUUCGUCUUUGUUGCUAUCAAUUGUGAAUUAACCUUUGUUUAUUUACUAUGAAUGUUGCUUGGGAAUAAAUCUCAUGUUCUUAGAAAUGACUGAAUUUUUGUUGGGUAAUUGAAAAUAGUAAUUACUUGAACUUGAAUAUUGGAUACAAGUUUUGUGGGAUGGAGAAACCACAACUACAAUAUAUAAUGACCUAAUAACUGGCUUGAGCAUUUUGUUGAUUUAGUAUUCAUGAGGGAGUUGUUACACACAAGGUGUAUGACAAUUGGUUGGCGACUAGUUCAGUUGACUUGUUUGACAAAUAAGUUGCAUUGAUUAUUAAUUAUUAUUGUUGGUUGUUAAGUUAGCAGCAUAAGUUAGUUGUUCAUGGAGAUGUUAUUCUCACUAUUUGUUAGAGAUUGUGGGCCAAUGUACCAAAAGUUGAUGAAUUUCUUUAUUUUUUCAUAGAAAACAGUCAUUGAGUCUCUCAUUUGGGUUUAAAGCCAUUUACCAAUCAACAAGUCAAAAACGAAAAGUUAAUCAAUAAGCCGACCCAAAAGCCUAUAAAUGAACACUGUGUGUGACCAUAGUACAAACGCCCCACAUGACCCUCCACGACCACAAUAUUAUGUGCUGAGACUAGCACAAGAGUCGUGUUGCGACCGAUACUGCUGCCAUGAUUGAACUUAUAUUUUUGCACUAUGUUGACAUAAAGUCAUCGACUUUUUACUUGCCUAAUUGGGGAACAAGGACCCAGAAGGAUAUGAUUACUGGGUUGUCAAAGUUGAUAUUAUUGCUUUAGCCAUCAUUUAAUAUGAUUAAUUAAUUAAUUAAUUAAUUAAGUAUUACAUAAGAAAAAAUAAAAACCACAAACACAGAUUAAUUAGAAAGCCAACAAAAGCUGUUAAAUACGGGUGGACCAACCAUGGGAAAGAUCCUUGAUAAAAAAUCUCCACCAUUAAUUCAUUUGUUAGAUUGAACAAUUGUAAAUAUAUGAUUAUGAUAUAAACUAAUUGUCCAAAGCCACGUGUUUCAAGUCAUGAUCAAAUAUUAACUCACUGUGCAAAGAAAAAAUAUUACAGAAAUUAACAUGAGUCAUUCCUUCAUCAAACUGAGCUUUCUGAGUCUUCAAUUAACAAAAUGUUAGGUAUUAAAAUACAACUUGUACCUGUCCAUAACAGACAUACACACAAGAAGAUCAUAACCAUUCUUCAAUCUUCACCGAUCUUCUUCGCCUUCUUUGAUCAUAUUUGAAAAUGGGUGGUCAAGUUACUAAACAAGUUGAGAAGAGGAAAUUAUUAUCAGUAGAAAAAAAAUGUUUGGUUGAUUUAAAAGAAAGUUGUGGAUGUGAUUUUCCAGGAUGUGAUUAUCACCCUUCUGACAGGAAAAACUGGAUGGCAGGUCUUGACCUUGGUAAGCUCACGAUCAACAAGAUUGUCUGGCCUGGUACUCAUGAUUCAGCCACCAACAGGAUUGGGAUACCAUUUAUAACCCGCCCCUUCGCUCAAUGUCAAUCCUUGACCAUUUAUGAGCAGCUUGUGAAGGGUGCUCGGGUUAUUGACAUCCGGGUUCAGGAGGAACGUAGGAUUUGCCAUGGCAUCCUCACGACUUACAGUGUCGAUGUUGUCUUGGAUGAAGUCAAGAAGUUCUUGUCCGAAACUCAAUCUGAGAUUAUCAUUCUUGAUAUUAGGACAGAGUUUGGGCGUAAUGAUCCACCUGAAUUCGACAAGUAUCUUAUCGAGAAACUUGAGGAUUACCUUAUUCACCAGGAUGAUCAUGUUUUUGAUAAGCCAGUUUCCGAGGUGUUACCUAAACGGGCUAUUUGUGUAUGGAAGCCAAGAAAUUCUGCUGCCCCAAAGAAAGGUGAUGCCCUUUGGAGUUCAGGGUACUUGAAAGAUAAUUGGAUUGAUACUGAUAUGCCAUCUACGAAAUUCAAGAGUAAUCUCAAGCAUUUGGCGGAUCAACCUCUUGUGUCGUCUAGGAAGUUUUUUUAUCGGGUGGAAAAUACAGUUACACCUCAAGCAGACAACCCAAUUUUGUGGGUGAAACCUGUUACUAAUCGAAUUCAUGGGUAUUUGAGAUUGUUCAUCAAGCAAUGCUUUGCUAAGAAUAUUGCUGAUCGAUUGCAGAUUCUCUCCACCGAUUUUAUUGACUAUGAUUUUGUGGAUGCUUGUGUUGGUCUUACUCAUGCAAGGAUCGAAGGCAAGGCCUAGUCUUUGCAUUUUCACAUGGACAGCCAGUAGAACUGAUCGAUUGGUUUAUGUAAGAGACUAUCUUAUAAGUCUUUUGGGAACAAAAUGGUAUCAUUGUUGUAGCUGAUAUUGUAUUCAGAUGUCCUGUGUUUAUUUUUAGAUUUGUUGGUAGUUGUAAGUUGUAUGAUGUGAAUUUUAGGAUGAUUACUUUAUUGGGAAAUUGUGAUCUAUCUGUAAUUAGUAAUUACACAUAUUUGGGCAAUUGUUGUAAUAUAUCUCAUUUUAUUUAUUUUUUAAAAAAUUAAUGUUUUCUUUUUGAGUGGUAAAAAAUUAAUAUUAA